UACUCCGGUCUAGACCGAAUCGAGUCGGCCGAGGCUCCUCGUCCCGCCCCUCCUGGCUUGAUCGACGUCGGACAGAACCAGUGGACGGGCCUCCAGCGUCGUCGUCGUGCCCGCCCGGGUUCGCCCCGGCCCGCUCGCCUCGGCUCGCCGCUUGUCGCCGCCGCCGCCCCCAGAUUGUGUCUCCGACUGUCAGCUAAGUCGGCGGGCCGCGCCGGCGGGGCGGCGACCACGGCCCGGGCCGGACAUGGCGGCGCUCUACGCCUGCACCAAGUGCCACCAGCGCUUCCCCUUCGAGGCGCUGUCUCAGGGGCAGCAGCUGUGCAAGGAAUGUCGGAUUGCGCACCCUGUUGUGAAGUGUACCUACUGCAGGACUGAGUACCAGCAAGAGAGUAAAACAAACACGAUAUGCAAGAAAUGUGCUCAGAAUGUGCAGCUUUAUGGAACGCCCAAACCUUGUCAGUACUGCAACAUAAUUGCAGCAUUUAUUGGCAAUAAAUGCCAGCGCUGCACAAAUUCAGAGAAGAAGUAUGGACCACCAUAUUCUUGUGAACAGUGCAAGCAGCAGUGUGCGUUUGACAGGAAAGACGAUAGAAAGAAGGUAGAUGGGAAAUUGCUGUGCUGGCUGUGCACACUUUCAUACAAACGUGUCCUGCAGAAGACCAAAGAGCAGAGGAAACACCUGAGCAGCUCUUCUCGUAGCAGCCAUCAGGAGAAGGAGCAGUACAGCCGCCUGAGUGGUGGCAGCCACUACAACAGCCAGAAAACACUUUCUACAUCUUCAAUUCAAAAUGAAAUCCCAAAGAAAAAAUCCAAGUUUGAGUCAAUCACAGCUAAUGGAGACAGCUUUUCUCCGGACCUGGCCCUGGACUCACCAGGCACUGACCACUUUGUCAUCAUUGCCCAGCUGAAGGAAGAGGUGGCAACUCUGAAGAAGAUGUUACAUCAGAAGGAUCAAAUGAUCUUAGAGAAGGAGAAGAAGAUUACAGAGUUGAAGGCUGAUUUUCAAUACCAGGAAUCUCAGAUGAGGGCCAAAAUGAACCAAAUGGAGAAAACACACAAAGAAGUCGCAGAGCAAUUGCAGGCCAAAAACAGAGAGCUCCUGAAGCAGGCAGCUGCCUUGUCUAAGAGCAAGAAGUCUGAAAAGUCAGGCGCUAUAACCUCUCCAUGACAGACCAUCAAGAGGCUCCCUAGCAACAGCAGAUGGAGUCGUCCUGGGUUGGAGACCUGGCUGUUCUCUAGAAUCGCAAGCUUUCUUAAGAAAUCUCUAUUUUAUUACAGCUAUCCUUCUUUGUGCAACUGUCAUGGGCUGAAUGGAAACAUCCGCGUUGUGCGCUGUUAAUGACUGCAUGCUUGAGUGUUUGGGGUUUCAAGUUCACUCUCUCUCCUCCCUACUCCCACCUUGUCCUUUUCCUCUUCCCUCUGUCGAUCCCUCCAGAUCCCUCUACUCCUCCCUCCCACUUUUUUUAUUUUGAUACUACUUUUUG